AUGAGCGCCGCACCAGACCUACUAAGGGCCAAAGAAGGCGAGGAUGUGGCCAUUGGUUCGUCGUGUGCAUUGAGGGAAGCAGCGCUAUCAAAGGGGAUUGAGUGUCCUGACUUGGACCAAGUGUUCUCGACUUUGGCCCUCUCGCCUAUGGGACUGGUGGUGGAAGAGUCCGAACCGGUGCCACUUGAAGAUCAACAGUCUUUAUUGACUUCCUUACAGGAGUCGCUAAGGAAAGCAGAGGAGCGAUGCACCAUUGGAGCCUUUAUAGACGAUGAAAAAAUUCUCUAUAAACUCUGGAAAUGCAGGAGCAAAUAUCUGCUACCGGCCGCUGAGGCUCUGGCUGAUGGAAGUAGGAAUGCACCUUGGCGCAUUUUGUAUGGGCAAGCUGGUAUACUAGACUUCUUUCUCCGGCUUGUAGCAUCAACGGAGGCUAUCGAUGAUGACCUUCUCCUGCACGCAUUGCGACUAGUCGGGAAUUCCUGCGCUGAUACGAAUGAGAACAGGGAGAUCCUAGUUGAAAAAAACUACACCUCCGCCAUUAUACGACACCUGGCAAACACAAAACUUAUUCAGGUGGCUAUACCUGUCCUAUAUAAUAUAUGCAUUGAUUUCGAACCCGCCCAGUCUCAGAUAGCUGCCAACAAGAUUAUCUAUAUUCUCCUGAGAUUGUUGAAGGAUAACGCUUUUGCGAAGCACCAGGCUCUACUUGAUUAUGUCUACGAGCUUAUUGAAUUGGUUGGGGAACAAGGCAUGCGGAUUUCCUCAUCCCCAGAUGCCACAUUACUACUUCUUCUAGACCUGCUGAAUGAACAGAGGGCGAUUUCAUCUCCAGCGCACUAUGCCUCUCUCGUUACCUGUCUCGGUGCUUACUUGGACAAAACGCGAUUUCAAACCACGUGUCUGUCUAAUGGCUUGAUGCCCAAGGUUCUAUCAGUUCUUGAGCGAUCACUUUUAUUCAAGGAUGAGGAAUGUUCUAAAGAGGACAUGCAUGCCUUGGCACAGGCGCGGUUGAAGAUAAAUCAGACCCUAGCCGAAGUCUCCGCAUUGCCGCUAUUCGCAGAGCUCUAUCCGCUUGAUUCCGAUCUUGUGCGCUUACUGGGCUCUUGGCUGGAGGCAAAGGAGGACCAGCUUCAGAUCUGUUCGUGUGUUGUUCUUGGCAAUGUGGCAAGAUCGGACGCAGUCUGCGAAAAGAUGGUUGAAAAGCUGAGCAUUCACAAGGCACUCAUAUCGCUUCUGAAGAGUGAAGCCAGGGGUGCAGUGCUCCACUCUGCACUCGGCUUCCUGAAAAACCUGGCAAUUGCCGGUAACAAUAAAGUUCGGCUCGGAGAGGCAGGCCUUAUUCCUGCCGUUUCAAGCCUCUGGCAGUAUGAGACAGUCCCCCAGGUUCAGUUUGUUGCAACUAGCAUCACACGGCAGGUGAUCAUCUCCUCGGUGGGCAACAUCGCUCGCCUGCUUGAGGAGGCUCCUGUGGGUGACAAGGAGGUCGAGGGUGAAGGGAAGACCUACCUCUCAUUGCUCCUCGCGCUGUUUGAAAAAACAGACUCAGCCCCCAUCAAAACGGAGAUUGGGCGUAUCGUGGCUUCUAUAUGCCGCAGCUUGGUCCCCAGAGUGCGUGAGAAGGAUAGCGAUGCCGAAGGCCUCCUUAGAAAAGCCUUUGAGCUGCACGACGAUAUUCCCUUACCUGUGGGUGCCAUGAUCACCCAGUCACAAUGGCCAGUUGUUCGGAGCGAGGGCUGGUUUACUCUUGCCUUGAUGGCGUCGACACAAGGUGGGUUGAUUGUAACCUCGAAAUGUAUAGAGAAGAUGGGCAUUCUGCCUGUGCUCGAGGAAGUGCUUGCUGCAGAUUCUACCGAUUUCACCGAGGCAGACAACAUGCAACUCAACAAGGAUCGCGGCAACAUCAUCGUGCUUAUGCAAGAGUUGCUGAAGACUGAUGUGGACACUCUCCCGGAUUCUUCGAAGGCCAGUAUUCAAAGACUGAUGAACAGCCAUGCCUCCAGACAUCUUCAGCUCACUAACUGA